AUGGCCAAUCCAGUUGCCAGCCAGAUUGGGCAGUCGGGAUCUACAAUAGUUACUUCCUCGCUGUCCACACCGCCAGUACAGCCAGCAUAUGUUCAAGCGAUUGGUCACAACACGAGUUCGACGGUUUCAGGUACGCCAUCUUAUUUUUCGGAAUUAUUCGCUCCCCGGCUUCUAACCCUGGCAGAGUAGCCCCCGGAGAGGUUUUUCCUGUUAACGAACGGUAUAACAUAGUACAGCCCGGCAUCCAGUCAGCCCAAUUUCCUACACCUUCGAUUGAGUUUUCGCCGUUUUUGGUGGGCCCGGGAAUUCCGCCUGUAUCGGUAAAACUGGUUUCAGCAGUGGUUUCGGGCCAUUUUGUCGAUUUAACCGCCCUUGUCGAGGAACCAACAGAGCGGGAGCCGCCUUCGUUUUCUCUGUUGGCAGACCAGCUGGUUGUUCGUCCCGCCAAAAAGAGAAAGAAUUUGUAUCCGUCGUAGAGUGGCUGGAAGCGUUUGGUGUGUAUAUGCUGAUUGUGACAGCUUAUCAUCCGCAGCGCAUCACUGAUCUUCUCCGAUAUUUAUUGCUUGGCUUGCGAACAGCGCAGAAAUUCUCCUCCAAGGUCUGGCUUACGUAUGACGUUGCGUUCCGCAAGGACGCAGCGGCGCGGGGUUUGUUUGAUUGGUCGUCCCUUAAUCCUUUAAGGCCUGGGACUAAACUAAAAAUAUUAUAAAUGGGAAAACUAGUGUAUAUGCAUAAAUUCACCUUGAUGAACAAAUAUUUGUAUUUUUUUCAGCCAUAAGUAAGCUAGUUUAGGAUAUAUUUUUUGUGCACAUAUGUUGACAUCAGGAAUUUAUGGAAUGAAAAACAUAAUUUUUUAAUUAUGUAAGUAUCAUGAAAAUCAUAUAAUAUGUACAAGCUAAGAAUGGUACAGUUAUUCAGAAGUUAUGCCAUGGUAAUCCAAAAAGCAUGUUGUCCCUGUUACGCACAGGUACACUCGGCACUGUAAGGACAAAAACUUGUUGUUCUGCAACAACCAGUGUUUUUGCAACGUCGAAGCUUCUCAACCUGAAGAGGCCAGUGGUUUCAUUUGUCACGUAUACAUCCUUUGGAACUUGGCUGGCUUGAACUACAAACAUGGAAGUCUUCAUUAAAAGUCUAUACUAUCAAUUCUGCAUGAAGAGACCCAACCUUGCAUUCAGAAUGUUGCAUGAUGUACUAUAAAAAACAGAGAAUGGAAAUUUCUUUGGCAAAAGCUUGCUUAUGAAAUACAGUGCUAGAAAGAAUAAAAUUGCUAUGCCUUUAAUUCCAUUAGCAAUCAGAUAAUGCGGUCGAACAUCACUGCUAUAACUUACAAAUUCAUUCCAUAAAUUCCUCAUGUGCACAUAUGUGCACAAACGUUCGUGCUUUAAAAUUGACAUGAAAUACCAGUCUAGGACUGAUAAAUACAGCAUAUUUUCGUUUACUUGCAUUUCUAAAACUGUUAUCUUAACUUCCUCAUAUUAUGUCAUCGCUUUUUACGACAAAAUAACCCAAAAUUUGGAAGAAAUUAUCAAUAAGCUUACCUCGCACACAUUUCACUAAACGACGCCAUGUUUACUUGCCGCCACUAAUUCCAAUCACUCAAAAUAAGGAUUUAGGAUACUAUUUAGGAUAGAUAGAAUUUUUAAAAAGGUCGCCCCCCCCAGGAAAUUCUCCCCCCCCCCCUCAAAACGUGGCGAUAUUUCUAGAAAUAUUGCCGCCGGGGGCGAAUAUCCUAGGAAUAUUGCCUCCCAGGGGGUGGGACGAAUACCGUAGGAAUAUCGCCCCUCUUUAGGACAUUCGCACCCCGAUAUAUGCGAUGUGGUUUAUUCAAAUAAUUUCGUGAUACUUUCAUCUUAUUAUUGCCUUACACGUUUGAGAAUUUAACUCUGCAAAACUAAAGCUUUUUUGUCUUUUUUUGAAACGUAUUAUUGGAGUAUUGGCAAGUUUUACCAUUCAGAGAUUUACAAACUAAUAUUGAACCUGUAAAAAACAGUUUCAUGUAUACGCGCAUUCACUAAUGAGUAAUGACAACUUAUAAGCCAUACAUUUUCCGAUAACGACAGAACGCUUGUGUAGCCUUUAGUCGCUCUUAGUGACUAAUAAUUUUUUUGAGGGGGGGCAAAAUGGGGGGGGGGCAAAAAUUAAAGUUCCUGGCGCCGCCACUGGUUCGCAUUGAUUCGUGAUUCGCAUAUCUUCUCCGGUUUUGGAUUCGCAUUGGUCUUAUAUUAUCAUUCCGUGGGUUUCCCCAUUGCUUUGGUUUUAGUCUGUUCUCGUUUUUUUUUGUUUUUGGGUUUUUUUCGCCAUUAUUCGCUUUAAUGUAUAUGCGCAUUCCGUUGGUCUUCGCAUUGAUUCGUUAUUCGCAUCUAUUCGUUUUCGCAAUGAGUCGCAGUCAUGUUAUAUUCGCAUUCCAUUGGUUUUGCAGUGAUUCGUCAUUUGCAUCUCUUCGGGGGUUUUUUUUCGCAAUGAUUCGCAGUCAUGUUAUAUUAGCAUUCCGUUGGUUUCGCAGUGAUUCGUUAUUCGCAUCUAAUCAUUUUUCGCAAUGAUUUGCAGUCAUGUUAUAUUCGCAUUCCGUUGGUUUUUCGCAUUGAUUCGUUAUUCGCAUCUAUUCGUUUUUCGCAAUGAUUCGCAGUCAUGUUAUAGUCGCAUUCCGUUGGUUUCGCAUUGAUUCGUUAGUCGCAUCUAUUCGUUUUUCGCAAUGAUUCGCAGUCAUGUGCUCGUCGCAUUCCGUUGGUUUUCGCAUUGAUUCGUUAUUCGCAUCUAUUCGGUUUUCGCAAGGAGUCGCAGUCAUGUUAUAUUCGCAUCUCGUUGGUUGUCGCAUUUUUUUUUAUUUUUUUAUUUAUCGCAGUCAUGUCGCAGUCAUGUUAUAUUCGCAUUUCGUUGGUUGUCGCAUUUUUUUUUAUUUUUUUAUUUAUCGCAGUCAUGUCGCAGUCAUGUUAUAUUCGCAUUCCGUUGGUUUGGCAGUGAUUCGUUAUUGGCAUGGCUUCGUUGUUCGGCCUGAUUCGCCUUUCAUGUGCUAUUCACCUUCCGUUGGUGUCGCAUUGAGUUGUUCAUAUCGCAGGUCUUCGGUCUUCGCAGGGAUUCACCCUACUCGCAUUAUCAAUAUGUAUGUCUAUAGAUGCAUGUUUAUCUCUUCGUGUUCUAGUCGUAUUACUUCGGGUUUUUCGCGCGCGAUGAUUCGCUGUUGGCAUAUCCUCGUUCUUCGCCGUGCAUAGCGUUGUUGAUAUCUCCGCAUUACGGAUGGUUUUUGUUUUUCUGCAUUUUAUUCGUUAGUUGCUUGUCGUCGGUUCGCAGGGAUGUGCAUUUUAGGUGCAUUACGUCAGUGUUCGCAUGGAUUCGUUAGGCGUUGUAGCCUUGUGUCAGCUUGUGUUCCAAUUAACGGGGUUAUAAUUGUAGUGCCCUAUUGGGUUUUUUUUCCUUUUCGAGUUGUGGGUUCAUGUUCGGUCGGUUGAUCCAAGUCUCUUUUGUUUUCUUGUUUAGAGCCUCCAGUUCGUUUUGUGUCUGUUGUUACGCCGUUGUGUGUUUCUGUUUUCCGGCGGGAACUUGAGGAUCAUCCCGACAAGGGACGCGUCAACUAUGUUUGUGAUGGUAUUCAGCACGGUUUUCGUACCGGUUUUUGCCCCGAGUUAGUUCAUCUUCGGUCUUCGUCUCGUAAUAUGCGUUCCGCCAGCGAUCAUCCAGACGUCGUUGAUGCUUACAUUGGAACGGAACUAUCGAAAGGUCGUGUUAUUGGGCCUUUCACCGAUCCGCCAGUUCCCAAUUUGCAUUGCAGUCCCUUUGGAGUCAUCCCAAAGAAGAAUCAACCUGGAAAAUGGCAUCUUAUUCUUGAUCUGUCUUCCCCGGAUUCUCACAGUGUGAAUGAUGGCAUCCCGUCGUAA